AUGCAGAGAAUAUUAGAGAAGAAACACUUCAGAAACAAACAGAAAGAGAUAGAAUACAUUUCGAAGAAAUUGCAAUCGUACGAUUGGAAGACUUACCCUCAUAGAUGUCUUCUUAUCUUAGAUGACUUUGCUUCUCAUCCUUUGUUAAAGAACAGAGAACAAGAUAUGUGUCGAAUUCUUAAGAAGCUCAGACACUUUAACAUCUCAGUUGUCAUUUGUGUACAGACAGCAAAGAGUUUAAGUAAGGAUGUUAAAAGAAUACUUACUGAUAUCAUACUUUUCCCUGGAUUGUCCGAAGACGAUUUCAUGGAACUUAUGAAAGAGUCCAUGGCAGGUAAGUUUGACAGACAUGAACUAUGGGAGAAGUACAAAGUCAUACAAGACCCUCAUACUUCUUUCAGAAUUCAUAUCUACGCAAACAAAGUUCAAAUUGUAAAAAGUCAAUAA